GAGCAACCCAAACCAGGGUCCCUGAGUAUUCGUUCCAAUCAGAGGCUACAAAUGGAAUGCAAUUUAUGGUGCCGCCGCAGAAGCUCCACGGAACUCAUAGCGAUCGGAGGCGAAUUUCAUCGCUGCGAGAAUGAUUUUGAUUACUUUGACCCUCGGCCUGUUGGCAGUUGGGCUGGUGUAUGCCCUCAUGACAUGGAACUUUAACUACUGGCGGAAGCGUCGGGUGCCGGGACCCAAGCCCAAAAUCUUCACUGGCAAUUACCCCAAUAUGUACACGAUGAAACGUCAUUUAAUCUACGACUUAAACGAAAUAUAUGGAAAAUAUAAAAACAAGUACGAUGCAGUGGGCAUUUUUCGUGGGCGUUCCCCCCAACUGCUGGUGGUCAAUCCGGAAUUAGCUCAUCGCGUCUUCGUUUCUGACUUUAAGAGCUUCCAUGACAAUGCGAUGUCAAGGAGCAUUGAUGAGAAAACCGACUUCAUUUUCGCCAAUAACCCGUUCUCGUUGACUGGCGAGAAGUGGAAAAAUCGGAGAGCUGAUGUCACCCCGGGCCUGACCAUGGGACGGAUUAAAACUGUCUAUCCGGUGACAAACAAGGUUUGCCAGAAGCUGAGUGAGUGGGUGGAAAAGCAAAUUCGAUUGGGCGCUCCAGAAGGUAUCAAUGCCAAGCACAUGAGUCUCUGUUUCACCUCGGAAACGGUUACCGAUUGCGUUUUGGGUCUUAGCGCCGAGAGUUUCUCGGAGAAGCCCUCGCCCAUUAUGCAAUACAUCAACGACCUGUUCAACCAACCCUGGACCUUCAUGAUCUUAUUCAUCCUGACCAGGACCUUCCCGCUUCUGAGCAAGAUAAUCAAGCUGCGCUUUAUACCGCCGCACGUGGAGAAAUUCUUCGUCAAUCUCAUGGGCACUGCGGUGGAGGUACGCCGUGCUCAGCUGGCCAGUGGAAAGCAGUUUGAGCGGACGGACUUCCUCGACUACAUUCUGCAGCUGGGCGAAAAACGUUCAUUGGACAAUCGUGGUCUGCUGGCCCACACCAUGACCUUCCUGCUGGACGGAUUCGAGACGUCGGCUACUGUCCUCUCGCACAUGUUGUUGCUGCUGGGACGCAACCAAGAGGUGCAACAGCGUCUGCGUGAGGAGAUCCAGGAGCAUCUGAAAAAUGGCAUUAUUGAAUUCGAUAAGCUCAACGAUUUGCCCUAUUUGGACGCCUGUCUGCAGGAAACGAUUCGCCUCUUCCCGCCUGUCUUCAUGUCCAACAAGCUCUGCACCGAGGACAUCGAGCUGCCCAACAAGGAUGGGCCCAACUUCUUGGUGGAGAAGGGCACCGUGGUGGUUGUACCCCACUACUUAUUCAUGACGGAUCCCGACUACUUUCCCGAUCCCCUGGAAUUCCAGCCGGAACGUUUCAGUGAGCCCGAUGCAGCCAAGAACUUCCGCGAGCGUGGUGUCUUAAUGGGAUUCGGAGAUGGUCCCCGGAUAUGUAUUGGAAUGCGGUUUGCCACAGCACAGAUUAAGUCAGCGAUUGUGGAAAUCAUCUCAAAAUUCAAUGUCAAGAUUAAUCCCAAGACCCGCAAAGAUAACGAUUUUGAGCCCACCGGAAUCAUCGUUAACCUACGCGGUGGCAUCUGGUUAGAUCUCCAAAAGCUUUAGUCAUUCAAUCAAGCCACCUAAUGCGACCCAGUUUAAGGUAGUUUAUAUUAUAUGACUUUUGUGAUAUACUUUACUGACCGUAAUAUUACUGUUCUUAAUUUUAUU